AUGGUGCAGUUAUUAUUUCUAACAUUUCAGUUUGAAACCCUUCAACGGGCGAACGAACUGGAAGAAGCUCAUCUGCAUGCGCAUGUUACGUCAGUCCCUACACCACAUUUAUGGGAGUUGCCGAGUGAAGCGUCAAAUGAUGAGGUCGAAGCUCUCCUGCGAGACGUUCAUCACACUUACAAGACUAUGCAGGAACAGAUAGAUCAGUAUUCCAGUCUAACCUGUUUGAACUCGAAGCAUGAGGUUAUCUACGACACCGUUGCCGAUGAUCCUGAACCCAUUUACGACACAGUAGCGGAUAGUGAUAUUCAUCACGCCCAUGGAGCUAUCGUUCUAUCAGAGCCAGUCAAACGUCCACUCGCUGUCAGCCCACCAAUCUACGACGAGGUUGCGGAAGAUCCUCUUCCUUGUACUGAAGUGCUUCACUAUACUGAGACUGAUCUUUCUAAGCACCAAACGUUUUAUGAUGACGACGAGAACAUCUACGCGGAAAUCGGGCCACUCGUACCAGGUGCAAAGGUGACCAGUGAUGUGAACGCGAAUGUCGAGAAGGAAGUGACCGUAACGCACUUGGUAAACGAGCACGUCUCAUGUGAAGUGCAUCACGUCAGGGAGGUGUCUUCAGACGACUUGGUCCAUGCAAAACUCAUUCAUAUCGACUAUGACGACGAACAUGAACAGAACAAGACAAGUGUGGCAAAGGUGAAUCGAGAACUUGAUAAAGAGCAUCAGAUCAUCCGCAACCUGGAUGAGAAUCAAGAAAUCUCCCCACGAGAGGAGAACGUUUCGCACUCUAUCAAGGAAACUGCUCACGUGAAGCCGACGGUCCCUGACGACAACACUGACCAAGGUAAUGGGAGAAAGAGAGGGUAA